UCCGCUCAGAAGGGGGAAGAAAAAAGAGGGAACAGUUGUUCAGUUGACACGAAAGAGUCCAACCUCCCUAUAAACAUGGCGACGGUGGCAGCGAGAGGAACAGAAGUAGUGGCGCCCCCGGAUCAUCCAUAGAACCCCUGUUUAUCUCCCCAGUUUCCACACGGCCUACUCGUCCGCGGCGCCCCCAUCCGAUCCUCAUCCCCUUGCGCCAAUCAUCCAACCAACACUGCACUCUCCCUCUCUUCCGGUGUGGACCGUCCGGCCGCUGGUGGCCGUCAGGCGGGCACGGUGGUUCCUCCAGGAUCUCUCGAUCAGCGCCGUCCUCUACGACGCCCGACGUGAUCGCGAGAGCCGCGGCCGGCGAAGCGAGGGCGUUUCCGAUCAGCGGCUUCCCCUUCCUUAACCCCGGAAGGAACUAGUGGUAAGGUCAAGCGUCCGUUUUGCAGUAGUGUUCAAAGUAGGCCUCGGGUGACGAUGAGGUUCGCAGCCGUCUGAUCACCGUUUGGAAUGUGCCACAAGACCUGACGUGCGCACCUUAACUUUGGCUAUACUGCCUACUACGCAACAGAGACCCGAAGUUGUCCGGCACCAGAGCUUUGGAGCCAGCGGCGGUCGAGCUUUCGAGCCUACUCGCGGUAGCUCAUCGGGAGGCGGGCAAUGGCGACGCCGCCGCGCCCGUACCGCUUCCCCGCGCUGCCGGAGGCGGCCGAGCAGGAGGAGGACGACCGGGUGGCGACGCGGUGCAGCAGGCAGUCGUGCGGGACGUGCAGCGCGUCGGCGGUGGCGAGCUGCGUGGCGCUGUGCCUCUGCCCGUGCGCCGUGCUCAGCUGCCUCACGCUGGCGCUCGUCAGGGCGCCCUACGCGGCGGGCCGGCGGUGCGCGGCCAGGCUCGCCCGCAGGCGCCUGCGGAAGGCGAGGGCGUGGCGCGUCCGUGACCUGGGCGACGACGAGCAGCAGAAGCAGCAGCAGGGCCCGCGGCGGAGCAAGGAGUGGGGCGAGCUGGCCCGCGCGGACGCGGUUGGCGGCGCCGAGGCCAGGGCGAAGGUGAGCUCCAGGAUGGACGCGUCGGACGAGGUGUGGGCGGACAUGUACCAGGUCGGGCUCUGGGGGUUCGGCCGGCUGUCCUUCUCGGCGCCGGUGGUGGGCGGGGGAGGAGGCGAUCCCGAGAAGGACGGCGAUGCUGCUCCUGAGUGACACGUGCGCUGGCCAUGUCUAAUGUCUUCCUGUACAAACUGUUUUUCUUUUGGCAAUGGCCUGCACAAGCUUUGAUUGCAGGACGUGACGCGGCGUGUGGAUUUUGUGAUGGUGCGGGUCAUGGGCUGGGCACGGUGCUGGGAUGCGCGCUGCCUGGUGUGGCUCGCUGGUGACCCACCUUCGUUGCUGCAGCAGAACUCUGCACAAGAUCGCACUCUGUACAUGGUUGUGCAAUCUGUUUUUUUUGGCAGUGAGUGACCUGUACAAAGUUUGCUGUGCGGUCGUGUGGGUGAAAGAUAGCCGCAGUACAA